AUGAAGAUAAAUGUUCAUAAUGUUCUAACGGGUAAAAGUGUAGUUAUUGAUUGUGAACCAUCAGAAACAGUUGGUUCGUUAAUCAAUAGAGCUAAAGAAUCAUUUGGAUAUUUAUCAAAUCAAGUUGUUUAUUUUCAUGGCCAAGUUCAGCUCAACCUAGACUUCCCAAUUUCUGCUUACAAUAUACCAGACGGUGGUAUAGUUACUAUUAAUCGUAAUAAAAACAUGAAUUAUGCCGCAGCCGCACCUACACCAAAUAUCACUCCAAUAACUCCUCCAAAUCAAACAUAUUUAACGAAUAAUGUUGUUAAUGUUACAUCUUGGGUCGACCCUAAUCAAAGUCAUAACUAUCAAAUUCCUUGGUUAAACGAAAAAUUGUUAAAUCCGCCAUCACCAAGUACAUCUUACUUUCGCUUUACAACAACAACAUUUCCUAAGAUGCAAUCGAUGAUAGAAGAUCUUAAACUACCACUCGGCAUAGCAAUUCGUCCUGCAGAUGUUUCAAACCAACCAAUUUUUGAUUAUCAAAAUAUUCCUCUUCCAAGAUGCAAAAAUUGCAACUGUAUGUUAUGUCCACAAGUAACAUUUACUCCUGACAAUCAGAAAUGGAUAUGUCUUGCAUGCAAAACUCCAAAUAUUAUUGAUAAUUCAAUUAUCAACAUUUUUGAAGCUCCAGAACUUAAAUCACAAGUGUAUGAUGUACUAGUACCUCCAUUUACUAUUUCAAAGAGAGAUGGAGGGCCUGCUUUCGCUUUUGUUUUAGAUAUGUCGAGUUUAACAGCAAAUGCAGGUUUUACAGAACAAUUCAUAUGCAGCUUAAAGGCCUCAUUAGAUUCAAUGCCUCAGAAUGCCAUUAUUUACCUCAUUACCGUUGGAAAAAAUUUAACUUUCUUUGAUUUAAGGAAUCGCGAGGAAAUAAUAAUGCCAGACCUUACAGAAACGAACAUAAAUGUUCCUUCCCAGCCAACUCUUUCCGAAAUUCGAGAAGAUUUGGAUCAAAUUUUAGAUAUGUUGCUUUACAGGCUUCAUUUCGAUACUCCUUCCACAGGGCAUUGUUUAGGAAAUGGUCUACAGCUCGCAACCAACGCUCUACGUAAAACUGGAGGAAUUAUCAUCGCAGUUUUUGUAGGAGUUCCAGUAAUAGGCCCAUACUUUCUCAAAGACCGUCAUUCUGCUGGUCCAAAUGAAGAAGUUACUCUUCUCAAGCUCCCAACAGACCAAACUGGCAUAUUCUGGCGAAAUUUAGCUCAAAUUAUCCGUACAAAUGGCAUUUCUCUUCAUGCUUUCAACGCAGGGCCACAGUUUGCAGACUUAGCAACAGAUGCCGUAACGACUGGCCUCAUGAGCGGAACCGUUCAUCAUUAUCAUACAUUUGAUGACAGCAGUAGAGAGAAAUUACAUACGGAUCUGUUCACUGUUUUGACGAAGGAUUACUUGUGGAAUGCAGAAACCGAAGUUAAAUUGACCAGAGGAGCGUUUAUCAGCCGACAAUUAGGAAAUUGUACAACAAAAAGCGGCGAUAACACUGGAACAUAUUUCGGAGCAUUAAUGCCUGACGAUAGUGUUGUUCUAGAACUUGAUUACGAAGAAAGACUCCAGAUAAAUGAACUUUUCAUUCAAGUCCAACUUUCAUUCACCGACCUUCAAAAAGUGACACAUAUUCGAGUCUUUUCAUUUUCGGUUCCAGUAACAACAGAUUUAAAUAUUGUCAGACAGAAUAUAGACGAAAUCAGUUUAAUGUCUAUAAUCAUCAGAAGGGCCGCGAUGAUGAUUCUCGGGAAAGGGCGUCAGGACUGCGUCAACUACAUUCAGAGUAAUAUGAAAGAGCUCAUUAAGUCGAAAGCAGCCAUUGUUUCCAUUCCUUAUUUGCUACAUUCCUUAUUAUUCUCAGAUUUAACACGAGAAAGGCAUCCGGAUGGAAUAGAUGGAAGACUGGCCAUUAUCAUAAGGAUCAGAUCCAUUGAUAUCAUAUCAGCAACGUUGUAUUUGUAUCCAAGAUUAUUUGCUCUACAAGAAGAUGGUUCCUACAAUGUUUUACCACUUAAAGGAAGUUCAUUUGCGUAUGGAACUGUUUUUGUCCUUCAUAUGAUUGAUAGAAUUGUUGUUUGGGUUUCAUUAGCUGCAAAACCCGAAUUUCUGAUGGAUCUGUUCGAUGUCGAUGAACUUACCAAGAUAAGUAAUGAGAUCCCUGUUAAAGAAAACCCACCAAACAAGGCUCUGCUGGAAAUAAUUGAAAAUUCAAGAGUUUUGAGCAGAUGCUACCUUCCUGUUUCGGUUAUUCCGCAGGGUUCAAGCGAUGAAGCAAUUAUUGGUCAAUCUUUGUUCGAUGAUGAUUCUGGAAAUCGCCAAAGUUUUGAAGAAUUUUCAAAAUCUUAUUAA